GCGUGAAAGGAUCUCUCCUCAGCUCGUUUGCCACUCAGAAAAGCGGCAUCGUCCACUCAUCACUUUAUCACUUCUUUUAGUGCAACAGCCUGUUCCAAGAAAGAGAGUGGGCAACCCGGAUCCAGAUCCAGGGCCAUCCUGGAUCCGAAUGACCAUGAAUCCAUCCAUGGCAACCGGGACCGUGGUCUUGCUGCCGGUCUGGGGCGCCGGCCAUCUCAUGCCCAUGCUAGAAGCCGGCAAGCGGCUGCUCGCCAGCAGCGGCCGCGCCCUCUCGCUCACCGUGCUCGUCAUGCGGCCGCCGACAGAGCAGCAGGCGUCCGAGGUCGAGGGCCACAUACGACGGGAGGAGGCCGCCGGCCUUGACGUCCGCUUCCACCGCCUCCCCGCCGUCGAGCCCCCGACGGACCACGUGGGCCCCGUGGAGUUCAUCUCCCGGUGUGUGCAGCUGCACUUGCCCCACGUCAGGGCGGCCAUGUCCGGCUUGGCGUGCCCCGUGGCCGCGCUCCUCCUCGACCUCUUCUGCACCGAGAUGCUCGACCUGUCCCGCGAGCUCGCCGUGCCGGCGUACGUGUUCUUCACCUGCAACGCCGCGGCGCUGUCGUUCUUCCUGCGCCUGCCGGCGCUCCACGAGGAGGUGGCGGGCGAGUUCGAGGAGAUGGAGGGCGCGGUGGACCUGCCCGGGCUGCCGCCCAUGCCGCCAUCUUCUCUUCCGACGCCGAUCAUGGACAGGACGAAGCCGUGCUGCGCGUGGUACGUCUACCACGGCAGGUGUUUCAUGGACGCCGACGGCAUCAUCGUUAACACGGUUGCCGAGCUCGAGCAGCGCAUCCUCUCCGCCAUCGCCGAUGGCCGGUGCACGCGCGGGAUCAGCGCUCCGACGCUCUAUCCCGUAGGCCCGGUGAUAUCGUUCGAUCCGCCCGCCAAGCACCCGCACGACUGCGUGCGGUGGCUGGAGACGCAGCCUCCGGGCUCCGUGGUGCUCCUCUGCUUCGGGAGCGGAGGGUACUUCACUGCGCCACAGGCGCACGAGGUAGCCCGCGGCCUCGAGCGCAGCGGGCACCGGUUCCUCUGGGUGCUGCGCGGCCCGCCGGCGCUCGGUGGGCGGCACCCCACGGACGCGAACCUUGCGGAGCUGCUCCCGGAGGGUUUCCUCGAGAGGACCGGGGAAAAGGGCCUCGUGUGGCCGACGAGGGCGCCACAGAAGGAGAUCCUCGCCCACGCCGCCGUGGGAGGCUUCGUGACGCACUGCGGGUGGAACUCGAUCCUCGAGAGCCUGUGGUUCGGCGUGCCGAUGGCGCCGUGGCCGCUCUACGCCGAGCAGCACCUGAACGCGUUCGCGCUGGUGGCCGGCAUGGGCGUCGCCGUGGCGAUGGAGGUAGACAGGAAGAGGGACAACUUCGUGGAGGCGGCUGAGCUGGAGCGAGCGGUAAAGGCACUGAUGGGUGGCGGCGAGGAGGGGAGGAAGGCGAGGGAGAAGGCCGGGGAGAUGAAGGCGGCUUGCAGGAAGGCUGUCGAGGACGGCGGGUCGUCGUGUGCUACGUUGAAGAGGCUCCGAGACGCGGUGCUCCGGCACAAGUGAGGCUAUAUAUGGAACAGUUUCGAUUGAAUUUGGAUUCAGCUAAAGAAGCUGUGCUAAGUUUGAUUUGAUUCGGCUUCAGUGUUCUUUAAUUUCUUCGGUUUCAAACCGAAGAAAUAUAACAUUGCCGACAGCUACAUUUCUUCAGUUUGAAAUAACGAGCGUUUGAUUUGUAGUUGUAUCGGUUGCUAUCAAACAAUAAAAGCCAUGAUGGGAGGGAGUUAUUUAAUUUA